AGCGAAAGAACCAGAAAACGACAAUUUCUUGGUCUGAUCCAAACCCCUUUGCAAGAUCCAUCAAACACAACGCACAAAGAACCUCGGAUACAACCGACGAAGAUGCCUUUGCCCGAUAUCUACAACCGCAACGAUUCCGUGCCAUCCUCCCAGUCCUUCCGGGGAAUGGGAGGCAAUCAUCCGCGCCGCAACGGCAGCGGCGGAGGCCGCCGCAACAGUCGCCAGCCCGGCAACCUGAACAGCCUGCCCUUCGAGCAGGGAAUCAUCUGCAGCCUGAAGGAAUCCUUCGGGUUUAUCCACUGUGCCGAGCGUCCCGAGGAGAUAUUUUUCCACUACAGCGAGGUGACCAACUGCCACCCCGACGACCUGCGGAUCGAUACCGAGGUGGAGUUCAAGGUGGGGGCACCGAGCGGCGGCGGAAGCAGCGACCGGCAGAAGCACGCCGCCUUUUCGGUAGCGACCCUGCCCCCGGGAACGGUGGUCUGGGAAACGGAGGAACACGAGGGCCGCUUUUACGAGGGCCUGGUCGAAAAGCCCUGCGGGUUUUCGUCCGGCAGGGGCGGGGGAAGCACGGGUGGUGGCCCGCAGGCGGACGGGACGAUACGCCUGGUGGUCGGGGAGGAAGACGCCGAGAAAGCCGGCACGAACGAGGUCGACGGCGAGGCCGAGGCCGAGGCCGGGGAGACUAGCGAGGGAGCCACCGAGCUGAACGAAAACAACAACGAGGACGGAGACGUCGAAGGAAAAAAGAAAAAGAACAAGAAGAAACAAAAGCAGAAACCGAACGGCAAGAGCGGUCCGGUGGUCCGGUUGAGGACCGGGGAGUACACCGGUGCCGGCGAAAGCGGGGGCGGCGGUGGAAGCAAUCGCCUGUACCGGGGCGAUAUGGUGGCCUUUCGCGUCUUUUUGGACAAGAGGACCAAGCAAAAAUACGCGCGGCAGAUCACCUUGCUGCAGAGCGCCCGGGAACGCAAGCGCCUCCAGAAGGAAAAGCUCCUGCUGGAGAAGGCCACCAAGGAAGAGGGGAUCGUCGUGUCGCUCAACAACGGAUUUGGUUUCCUCCGGAGCAACAAGCGCCGAGAAGACGUCUACUUUCACUAUUCCCACCUGGUGAUACCCGAGGUAGAGGAAGGCGGGGAAAACGAUGAAUUCGAACUCGUCAAGGGCCAGGAAGUCAGGUUUCUGGUCGUUACGGAGGAGCAACAAGAGCGACAAAACAGCGGCUCCAAAUCGUCGAGAGACAACAACAGCGUCAAGAUCAGCGCCCGACAAAUCCACUGCCUGCCCAAGGGUAGCGUCGUCUUUCAAACACUGGAACAAGAGGGAGUGAAGGGGGUGGUGGCCCGGGCCCCGCAACCCCCAAGCCCGGGGUCCAAAGGAGACGACAGCCGGAUGGGUUUUUGCCGCGUGGAAGGCCUCGCGGGAGACGUGCUUCUGCACCAUUCCGAUGUUCCCGGUGGGGUCUUUACGUACCAGAACCACCGCAACAGCACCGCGGCCGGUCUGUGGAUCCAAGAGGGCGACACACUGCUGUUCGACGUCGUGAAAGAGGUCGUGGACGGGAGCUAUCGAGCCGUGCCAACGAAACACAGAAUCGGGCUGGGCGGAUCGAUCCUCGCCCCGAGCAACGCCGAGGAAGACGACGCGGAAGGUGCAGCGGCAACCCCCGCCAUCCGCUUGGUCGAUCUGUCGAUGGUCGGAAGGGCCGAGGGGGUGGUCCACACCAUGAAGAACGAUUACGGAUUCAUCCACUUUGCCGAGCGGCCGGUGGACGUCCACUUUAAAACCUAUGACCUGCUGCCGGAUGAACUCCAGGAAGACGUUCGCAGAGCCAUGGGCAUCGACGAACCGAUCCGGUUGCGGGAAGACACUGCCGUUCGGUUCGACAUUUGUGCCCACGGGAACAUCACGGCCACCGCUAAUCGUGGCCGUCGCCGCGGUGGUGGACAGCAGCAGCAGGCCAGAGAAAACAUCCGCGGCCAGCGCAUUCUGCUCUUGCCCAGGUCGGAGGUCACGCUCGAAAAAGUACUCGCUACCGGUUGCAAGGGCUCGAUCCGGUCCGUCAAUCCGCAGCAGCCGUACAUCGGGGUCUUGGAUCUGGAACCUCUAUCUGAAGAACAGGGUGGUGCCCUGAAGCCAAUGAGCAUGGAAGAGAGACAUCCCCUGGUGGCAAAAAUGAUUGAUUCCUUUCUGGAGGAAUCGAGUUUGCCGAACGGAAAAAAAUCCAUAGUGUUCCGAGACACACUGGGCAUGAACGACGACGACGUCGUCACCGAAAUGGCAAAGCUGAAAGGGGCCGGAGUCCUGGAGUGCUCACACAUCCCGGUCCCCGGCCUCGCUCCCCAUCCAGGACGGAUUUGCAUACGGCGGGUGGAACGCAGUGAAGAAAACAACUCGGAAUCAGAAGACGCAGAAAACCAAAACAGCAAGUCCCCAAAAGAGUCGGCGAAGGGAAAGAAAAAGGGCAAGCAAUCGCCAAUCGAACGCUCUCUUAAGAACCUCCGGUUCGAAAAAUCGAGCCUCGACGAGGCAUUCAGGGAAGAUGUUCCCCCCUCUCCCGGUGACAUUGUGGAAUGCGACGUAGUUCAAUACCGCAGAACCGGAAAGAUCGCCGUGAGGAACCUGAAAAUUGUGGAGCGAGCAACAACCGAGGCACCUUCGGCAACCGUAUCCUCGGGGGUGGGAGUUGUAAAGGACGUCGUUCCGCGCCGGAACUUUGGUUUCAUCUCGUUGCUUGACGAAAACAACACCAAGAACGAGAUAUUGUUCUUCCACCUUUCAAAGGAUAACCAGCUCGUCAAGGGCAGCGAGGUUAGGUUCGAUAUUGCCAUGGAGGGCACGAAACGCACCGCAAUCAAUGUCGAAAGCGUGCCCAAGGGGACGAUCCCGUCGACGGCAUCGAAGAAUGCUUGCAUGGGAUACAUUCUCAUGGAACCCUCUCAUACCACACUAAAGAACACACCGGCACGGAAGACUGCUAAGGCCAGUGGCGACAAGGUUGCCACCGGCAGGUGGGCCGAGGCAAAUGACGAUGCAAAAACGACGGUCGUCAAACAGGACAUGGUGGAAGACGGCUGCAUCCUUCUGCUAGAGGACAAGACAGGAAUGUUUCAGAAAAAACGCACAAGAAGGAGAAAAAAGAGAUCCAAAUCCAUCGACAGCACCGACUCGAUGGGCGACGUGAGCAUCGACGAAGCAAAGAGCGGCGAAAGUGUCGAUGGGGUUGCGGACGAAGACGACGGUCUGAGUAGCGACGACGGCGACCGGGAAGACGACGGCACGGUGUCCAUUUUGUCCCGCCUUUCCUAUACGAAUGGAUCGAUCGCCAUCCACGGUGCCGGAGCAAGCUCAUCCAUGGAUGGUUCCACGAAUCCCAAGCGCGGCGAUCUCGUCUCUUUCGUCAAGGGAAGAAAACGGAAGACCGUUCGCGACAUUCGCAUCGUGAAGCGCGAAACCGCUCUUUUGCAGCGUGGCACGCUGGAGAACAUCGAAAUCACCAAGACAGAGGACAAUUCUAACAAAGGCACGGCUCGGUUCGUCGCGGCAACCGAAAAGCAGGAAGUUUACGACGUUGAUCUUGCGGAGGUCGUGAGCUGUUCUGUAGCGCUUCUCAAGGAAAAAACAUCGGUGGAAGGGAUUUUACACGAAGGCAAAAUCUAUGGUUUGUGCCGUACCUCGGACCUCUAUCUAACAUCCAAGCUGGUGGUAGGCUCCGGAAAGAACAGGCAGCGUCCAAAACUCAAUCUCACAGUCAAGAAAGACCGUGGUGGUACAAUUAUGGCCCAAUCGAUGAUGGCCAAAGGGCCGGACGAUACAAUCGGCUUCAAACCUGGCUGGACAACACGACAGAGCCAAUAUACAGUAAUCGAUAGCGACGAAAGCGAUGAAGAAGUGAAGAAUGGCGAAGAAGAACAGAACGAUCCUGUUCAAAGCGACCAAAAAGACGAAACUGAAGUUGAAGAAGAGACGAAUGACGGAGAUGGAAGCGAAGCAAAAGCUGAAGGCAUAGACGAAGGAGGAGAAUGAAUACAAACCCUAUGAUCGAGUUACGAUUGUCGUGCCACGGCAUCAUAAAUUCGACACAGGGAUAGUACCAUUAUAACAAAUAAAAAGAAUACAUUAGA